AUCUAUAUACUGUCACUGUUACAGGUACCACUACUUAGUGCGAUGGUAACUCGCCAAUCUGUCGGUACCUUUACAUGUCGACCAUGAAUGUAAACUAUCGUGUUAGUGGGUAAAUCGCGAUAAAUAAACGAAUGGAAUAAUUACCGAUAUUACCUAUUUCCAUUUCGUAAUAAUCGGAUAAGCAGAAAUUUCUCUUUCGCUGUGCCGGCUUGUUGCAGAUUUGAAAUUAUCGCGAGAAAAAAUUUUCGGCGAAUUUUUGUGGUGGCUGUAUGAAAGUGAAAUAAUUUUUUUGGAUUAACUUCAUCUUGGGAAAAAUCUAUAUCAACAUGGACGAAACAAAAGAAAAAUAUCCCUCAACGUUUACGAUAGAAAACUUUAGCUCUACGGCAACAUUAGCAAACAAUGAUCAAAUCAAGAUACCAGUUUCAAGUACCGAUAAGAUUGGCGAAAAGGAGUAUAAUCCCUAUGAACACAGGAUGUUAGAACAUCCAAACACGUUUUCUGGUGCUCUUAUUCACUUAUUAAAAAGUUCAUUAGGUACAGGAAUUUUAGCAAUACCUAGAGCUUUUAAAAAUGCUGGGCUGUUGGUAGGACUUAUAGGAACAAUUCUCAUAGGAUUCAUAUGUACCCACACCAUCCACAUACUAGUUGUAGCGUCUCAAGAAAUGUGCAAAAAGUCAAAAAUACCUAGUUUAGGAUUUGCAGAGACUGCAGAGGAAGUGUUUAAAAAUGGACCAAAAGGUUUGAGGAAUUGGUCUAGGGCAGCAAAGAAUUUCGUUGAAAUAGCGCUAGUGCUCACGUACUUCGUUGGGAAUGCAGUCUACGUAGUGUUUAUCACCGAGUCUAUCACCAAACUACUUGCCUUUUUCUACAAAGAUGCAGAGUCGUGGUAUCCUUAUUUCAUAGUCUGCAUAAUGGUCCUCCUCAUCCUGUGCUGCCAGAUAAGGGAACUGAAACAUCUAGUACCAUUCUCCUUUAUCGCAAACACGACCAUGAUUAUAGCAUUCGGCAUUACACUGUACUACAUCUUCUAUGGCAUUAAAGAAGUCAAACUUAGCGACACAAAACUGGCAAACGAUAUUUCUGGUAUUCCGUCAUUUUUCGCUACCGUCAUCUUCGCCAUGGAAGGCAUUGGUACUAUCAUGCCUGUUGAGAACUCGCUGACGAAAUCGCAGUUUGUUGGAUGUCCAGGAGUGCUGAAUAUUGCUAUGAUUAUGGUAGUCAGUUUAUACACCUCUAUCGGAUUCUUUGGUUACCUCAGAUAUGGAGAUGGUACAGAGGCCACCAUUACCAAGAACCUUCCCUCUGAAGAAAUACCUGCGCAAGUUGUUCAAGUUAGUAUAUCCCUAGCAGUUUUCUUUACGUUCAUGCUCCAGUUCUACGUCCCAAUCGACAUCACUUGGAGAAGAAUUAAAGACAGAAUUCCUGAAAAACGACAUAAUAUCAGCCAAAUUCUGCUAAGGACCGGUGCUGUUAUUUUCGUAACUGGAAUAGCUGCAUCCGCUGGUCAUCACCUGGAUGCUCUGAUAGACCUAGUAGGAGCCAUAUUCCUUUCGACCCUAGGUCUGUUAGUUCCGGCUUUCAUUGACAUAAUCAUGAACUGGAGGAACUGGGGGCUUCUCAACUGGAUUCUGUACAAAAAUAUCCUCAUAAUGGGUAUGUCGCUAUUCGGCCUAUUGUCCGGAAGUUACUAUGCCAUAUUAAAUAUGACAACAUCGUGAAAAGACGUUAAAUAAGAAAGUGAAAUUUUUCAAAUUUAUUAUUAAGUUAUUUCUAAGCAAUGUGAUUUAGAAUCGGUGAAGUUACUGACUCAGUAUACAGGGUGAGACAGAAUCGAUUGGUAUCUCAUGAACCAAGACAUACAGGGUAAUGAUUAAGAAUUGGGUUUUCAAUAUAUUCCAA